GGGGGGGUCAGCCCCACAGCUCUGUGUCCCCCCCCUGCCCCACAACAGUUCCACUACGACCACAACCGGGCCCAGUUCUAUGUGGAGGACGCCAGCACCGCCAGCGCCCUGAAACAAGUGUCCCGAAAGAUCACAGACAGGGAUAACUACAAGGUGGUGAUCAUCAUCAACUCCUCAGCUCCACCUCAGUCCCUGCAGAACGAGCUGAAAGCCGAGGAAAUCGAGCAACUGAAGGUCUGUAUGAGUAAGAGGUACGACGGUUCGCAGCGGGCGUUGGAUCUCAAGGGUCUUCGUGUCGACCCAGAUCUGGUGUCGCAGAACAUCGACGCGGUGCUGAACCAACGCAGCUGCAUGAUGGCGGUGCUGCGCAUCAUCGAGGAGAACAUCCCCGAGCUGCAGUCCCUCAACCUGAGCAGCAACAAGCUGUACCGCCUGGACGACCUGUCGGAGCUGGCACAGAAAGCGGCCGGCCUGAAGAUCCUCGACCUGUCGCGCAACGAGGUGAGAGCAGCGGCUCCACGGCUUCAGUGCUGGGGCUGGAAAAGGAUUCGGAGGUCACCGAGUCCAACCUCAACACCUCACCGCCAUGAAAACGUGGAAGUGAGGUUGGGGAAGUCGUCCAAGGUCACCAAAUCUGACCCAUCCCCACCAUGCAGUCAUGGAGUUGAGGUUGGGGAAGUCCUCCAAGGUCACCAAAUCUGACCCAUCCCC